AUGGAUAGGCAAGGAGCUGAUGACCCUCUACCACUACCCAGUCAACUUUUGUUGUCCGGUGCGCAGCAAUCCACUCUCCCAGCUUAUCGCGAGAUGUUGGGCGAUUUUCUCCAGAAGGCACCCUUCCAAACCUAUGCCUCUGCUUCUCUCAACAUCCUCCCCACACACCUGUCUGUUGACAGAACUAACCAGUCCCAACGUUCUGGCGAUAUCCCAUCCAAAGACAGAGACAAUAUCUCGGAUUCUGAGGCUACGACAGAGCCUUUGGUUCAUGGCGAAUUGGAAAAUCGUCACUAUUGGUGUGAGGCAUGGCAGGUUGAAAAGAGCCUUAAGAUUCAUCAUGUUGGAGGUAAAGUAUGGCGAAAUAACAAAUACGUUCACCGUGUGCUUUAUGUGGUGGAAACAUAUCUCCCAGACAAUUGGCUCCCUGAAAAUGCAAGGCUCCAACUGUGGAAGGAGGAAGAGAAAAAAAAGAAGUGGAAGACGAAGAUGCAACGAAAGAAACGUCUGAGCACAUUACGUCCUCGGCCAUCAACCCGCAAUUAA